UGAUAAGAUUUCCUCAGGUUAUAGCAUGUUGUCGACUUACGAGGAUGUUAUACAGAUGAUCAAAACAACUAUGUAUUAGUUUGUAAGCGGUUUUGGUUCCGAUGUUGGCUUAUCAGGCAAUCUCGCUAACAUAAUGCAUAUCAUUGUUGUCUUCUGUGCUGUAAUAACUUUGACCUUUGGAGAUUCUAAUUUCUCUUUCUCUGAGGAUGAAAAGAUUUUGGAUAAUAAUGUCGCAAUUAAAACGAGCCCUCCCUACCUGGUUCGGGGCUUGAAUUUCACCGUUGACAUUGAAUGUAAAGUUCGUAAAGUCGACCUGCCGUCCAUGGCAUCAGUGUUUUCAAUGGUCAUAGCGCACUCUCACUUGACUGACCACCCACUGUACUUUUACGUCGCUUCGGUGGACGCCUUAGAAGGUCACUCCCACAACAUCUCGCACGAGGCAGAGGUCAUUUCCGGCUCGAUCGACAACAACGGGGAAUCCAUUCUGCACAUACGCUUUAAAUUCCCAGAGUCCAAUCUCACAGGAAAGUACAUGUGUGAGGUAUUUGGUUUUGAUCACAUAGGGAAACCAGUCACCAAAUACAGCACAGUGGAAGUACUACCAAACGAUAUAGGCCUCUUGUUUGAUCUUAUCAAAGAGUCUCAGUCGAAUAUAACGACAUUACAGGAAUUAGUGAACAAAGCGAACUCUUGUUUGAGCGAAAAGCAAUCUUUCAUUGAAACCCUAACUCACGGACUAGUGAAGAAUGACUUUUAUUCUCCUCUGCUUUUUAAUGAGCAUCACUAUUACAUGAGGAAACCGACAAAUCAUUUCAGCUACUCGGAGGCCCAAACGGUUUGUGAAGAAUUCGGAGGGUAUCUCCUUGAACUAGAUAGCCACCCAGAAUACAGCUUCAUUGUAAAUUACAUUACUACAAUGAACAUUGACGUAUUGAUAUACACAGGCAUGACAGAUGAAGAAAAAGAAGGUGUUUGGGUUAAUAAACACAGCCCCAACAUGACUGCCACUAUUAUCUGGGGUGUUGGAGAGCCAUCUGGAGGUACAUUAGAAAAUUGUUUAUGCUUUAAGUUAACACCUCAGUGGAGCAUGAUUGAUAUCGUUUGUGAGUUGACUAGAAAUCCACUUAUCAAUUACGACCUCAGUUUUAUUUGUGAGGUUCCAGAAGCACAAUGUAGAUGGAUGCCAUAACAAGAUUGCCACCAUGGCACGGGAGAACAGUUUGACAUUGAAGCUGAUUUUCUAAAAUGUAUACUGCUUAAUAAUUAAUUAAUGUCCCAUUGCUUUUUUAUUCGCAUGUAUCUUGAGUUGUAAUUAUAAAAUUUAAAGGAUACUUUGCAUAGAAAAAAUGUAAUAUCAGACUUUCUAAAAAACUUUAAUAAAUAAAUUCAACAAUAAUAAUCAAAUCAGUUUAAAUCAUAAGAUUGAAUGAAGUAAAAAGUAUUUCUUAAGCCAAA